AUGCAAAGGAAGGCGCUCCAUAAUUCUCCCUCUCCUCCCACCACUCCCGAAUGCAUCGCACAACGACGCUUGGUGGUGGCGGGCGGGGUUUUGACGACAGCGUUAGCAACCAAUAUGGAGACGGGAGCAGAUGCUGACUUGAUGACUUUACCGGAAUGCCAAACGCGGAGAUGCAAGGGAAUAAUUUACCUCCCACCCAUCGCCAUCAAUACUCUGCUUUCGCAAACACUACGCCGAUAUCGUCAACCGCGGCGUAUAAGAAAAGCUACUGUUGCUCAUAAUUUUUGUUCUCUUCUUUCUCGCUCAUCAGUGUUCGUAUUUUUCAUAGUCGUUUUCAUUUUCUUUCUUUGGUAUUUUCCCGUUACAUUCGUUUUCCAUUCUUCCUUUAUUUGUCUUUUCUUUCCCUUCUUUUCUUUCUUUAAUUCUAUUUUCUUUUUUUUUUAUUUUUCAUCUUUUCUUUCUCUAUUUUCUUCUUUCUUUUUCUUUUUUGGUUUCACUCUCUUUGCAUUUCCUCCUGUUCUUUAUUCUUACUUUCUUUCUUUCUUUCUUUCUUUCUUUCUUUCUUUCGUUCUUUCUUUCGUUCUUUCUUUCUUUCGUUCUUUCGUUCUUUCUUUCGUUCUUUCUUUCGUUCUUUCGUUCUUUCGUUCUUUCUUUCUUUCUUUCUUUCUUUCUUUCGUUCUUUCUUUCUUUCGUUCUUUCUUUCUUUCUUUCGUUCUUUCUUUCUUUCGUUCUUUCUUUCUUUCUUUUCUAUCUUCAUUUCUUUUACUUUUCUUCCUUUUUUUCUUUCCUUGA